AAUAAAAUAAUGAAAAUUUAAUUUCAUUGAUUUAAUUUAAUGCUCGAAAGCUAACGCUUAAUUUAAUUUUUGGAAGAUAACGCUUAAUAAUAAUUUAAAGCUUGGAAGCUGUUCUUGAUUAUGAGCUUUACCGGAAAUACGUGCCACAAUCAUGGACAAAAUUUGCCGAAUUUGCUUGCGAGUCUCCGAUAGUGAGGUGUUUUUUGUCAGCAUUUUUCAGAACUUCCAAACGGAUCUACUACAAAGAAAACAAUUUGCAACUGCGGAAGCCUUGCAGAUAAUCUGUGGAAUUACGGUAUCGAAGAAUGAUGGCUAUCCAGAUGCGAUAUGCUCCAAGUGCCACGAACAGCUGAAAGAAGCAAUUCAACUUCGUCAACUAGCGCAGAAUUCCCAACAAACUAUGCACGGAAAAUUAGCCAGCACAGUUGAUGAUGAGUUGGUCAUUAGCAAAGCUCACUGUUCAGAUGAUGACAAAAGUGACUUCGACAUUCCUCAGCAGGAAGAUCUUCAUCAAGUAUGUUCAGAUGAUGAUGAAGAUGUUGACUGGAAAGCAAACGGCAGUGCCGAUGAAGAUGGAAGCUUGACCUCGUUGGAAUUCGAUGACCAACCGAGUGUUCCUAAGAAUAGGAAAAACUGCACGACUGAAGCUGCAGAAACCCUAAUGUACUGCUGCGGGUGCAAUAAAUCGUUCAACCGGGAAUUCACCUUGCGGAAGCAUUCAUUCAAUCAUCUCCGAGCCAAAGGUAGCGAUUCACUCACCAAAGUAGAAUGCCACGUGUGCUACGACCAGUUUGAGGAUCAAGCAGCACUGGCAGCUCAUAGAGCCGGUAAAAACGAGUUGAAAUCACUGCGGUGCGAAUUCUGCUUGAGAAGAUUUCUAUCGUUAGAGAAGUUCGAUGCACACCAGGUUGCCUAUCAUGCCGACAGGAAGUUCAAAUGUUGCGGGUGUAAAUUUAACACCCUUAAGCGAAUCCAACUGGCAAAGCACUCGCUGGUUCAUAACGGUCCUGGAAAUGAGGAGGAAUCCUCGUCUGCCGUUAAGGCCCAUCAGUGUCCGGUGUGUUAUGUUAGAUUUGAAACACUUCAUCAGAAAGAACUGCAUCAGUGGACGCCAUACCGUCUUAACCAAAUUAAUCGGAAAACUGACCGGACAAAACAGAAGCCCAAAACAACGCCUAGAUCAGCUGCGGUUCUCGAUGCCAAGGAGCAUAAUCCCCAUCGGACGGUUCCUGUAUGCUGUGGAUGUCGAUGUAUGUUUUCAUCCCUGCAAGUGCUUCGCAACCAUCAGGAACAGUCGCACAAACCCCCGGACCAGAAGGCGGCAUAUGAGUGUAGCGAUUGCCACAAGCAAUUUAAGCUCAAGCGAGAAUUCCAUGAACACUUUCAACGGAAGAAAUUCAAAUGCUCCAAGUGCAACAUUAUUCGUAGUGACCAGCAGGCCAUCGAGCGCCAUUUGGCUGUUCAUGACUCCGAGCUUGGGGCUUUCCUUUGCUGUGGAUGUAAGGAGCGGGCGGAAUCGCUGGAUGCUCUCAAAAAGCACGGUCUCGAGGAACAUUUUGAGAAAGAGCAACGGCGGAUGCAGUCGGCCGAGGAGCGACCGUUUCAGUGCGAAAUAUGUUACCGGCGGUAUGAAACGGCCAGAAUGCUACAUGGUCAUCAACAUGAUGCCUACAGGGAGAGGAACUUUAUCUGUGAACUUUGCGGUCAAGGGUACUUCACCCAGGGUAAGCUGGACAUUCACAAGGCCCUGGUGCACCAAAACGAAGCCAAUUAUCCGUGUGGAACAUGUGGAAAGCUGCACAAGCAUGUCAGGUUGGCACGAGCUUGCGAAUCGAUCCACAGAAAUCGCAAGGACCACCCUUGUACCGUUUGCGGCGCAGUGUUCAAGAGUAAAUACCUAUUGGUUUCCCACCGGCUGAUCCACACGGACGUCCGGAAGCACAAAUGUGACAUCUGUGCCAAAACGUUUAGACGUAACCAGCAGCUCCAGAAGCACAUAACUAUAGAUCACAGAAACGAGCGCAACUUCGCGUGUCCAUUUUGUCCGAAACGGUUCGGUGUUGCUGCGUCACUGUCCAAACACAAGUUGACUCAUACUGGUUUCCCGUACCGGUGCGAACUUUGCAACAAACGACUGAAAACCCGGCAAAAUUAUAUCCAACACUACGAAACGCAUCGGACCGACGCGGACAAGGUGUUCCAGUGCGAGCGUUGCGAUCAGCGAUACAGUCAGGGACACUUUUUGGCCAAUCAACUUCGAUUCGUUCUGAAAGCUGACAAUUAUACACGGCCCAUACAAAUUUAA